GCGGAACUCUUCCCCUAGCGUUUCAAUCUCUCCCUUUCUUUCGUUGUUCUUCUCGUUCUAGCCCUACGCCUUGAUUUCAUUCGGCGUCAGUUGGUAUCGGAGCCUGGUUCGACGAAUAAAGGAAGAUCUUCCUUCAACAUCAAUGGUGCGUGCACGAGGUCGCGGACGUGGGCAACCUAUGGGUGGCGAACCCCCCCGACGAGAGCAGCGCCUUGACGACGUGGAGGUGAUAACAGAUCUACAGCGGCAGAACGAGAUUAUGCGGCAGCAAAUCGCAGAACUCACGCAGCGCCUGGCGGUGCGAGAUUUGGAGGAUCAUGAGGAGUCAGAUCAGGGCUCCCGAUCAUCGUUUGAGAACCCGUAUCAUCGCGAACCUCGUAGACGUGAUUUUCGCGUCCGUGGUGACUAUCGCGGAGGGUUAGGGUUUAAGGUGGAAAUCCCUAGUUUUUCAGGAACCCUGCAGGCCGAUGAUUUCAUUGACUGGCUGAACGAGGUGGAUCGUAUCUUCGAGUAUAAGGACGUUCCAGAUCGUGACAAAGGAACGAGGUCCGUUGAUGAUUACACAGAAGAAUUCUACCAGUUGAUUGCCCGCAACGAUCUAUCUGAAUCGGAGGAACAACUUGUGGCCCGAUAUAUGGCAGGCUUGCGUCAGUCCUUGCAGGAUGUUCUCAACCUCCAUUCAUUAUGGACUGUUUCUGAGGCAUACAAAAGGGCCCUUGCAGUUGAGAAGCAGCAGAACAGGAAGCCGGUGACCAAUAACCGUCCGGAUCGACCCCAAGAGCCUCGACUGACCACACAGGGAGUCCAAGGGACGCAGGGAGCUUCGAGUAGUACGAUUAAGUGCUAUCGUUGUGGUGAACCUGGACAUAGGGCGAAUGAAUGCAAGAAACCCGCUCUACAGAAGAGCAAGAGCCUGUUCGUGGAGGAGAACAUCGUUGUUGACGAUGAUGAAGUUGAAGAGUUUGGAGGUCCAGUCUAUGAUGAUUAUGCAGAAGAUGAUGUUCUUUACGGGGAUGGUCGAGAGAAUUUGGUUGUGCGCAAGAGUCUUCUGGCUCCAAAGGAUGAUUCUAAAGAUGAUUGGUUGAGGACAAACAUCUUCCACACAACCUGCACCAUUGGAGGAAAAACUGAUGGCCAGACGGAGGUGGUGAACCGUAGCUUGGGAAAUCUUCUACGUUGUUUGGCAGGAUCUAAGCCAAAACAAUGGGAUUUGGCGCUUCCCCAAGCGGAGUUUGCCUACAACAGGUCAAUAAACAGGACCACUGGAUUGAGCCCAUUUCAGAUUGUCUUGGGUCAGAACCCAUCCGGGGUGUUGGACUUGGCCCCAAUUCCACGAGUGGGUCACAAUCAUCCUAGAGCCGAAGAGAUGACAGAGAACCUGAGGAGCAUACAUGAUCAGGUGAGACGUAAGAUUGAAGAAAGCAACAACAAGUACAAGGCACGAGUGGACAAACAUCGACGUCAAGUUCUGUUUGAUGUUGGAGACUUUGUUUGGGCUGUGUUGACCAAGGACCGAUUCCCUGUUGGCGAGUAUGAUAAACUCAAGGAUCGGAAAAUUGGACCCUGCGAGAUAGUUCAGAGGAUCAAUGAUAAUGCUUACCGAUUGCGGCUACCCAGUCACUUGAAAACUUCUGAUGUUUUCAAUGUGAAGCACCUAACUCCUUGUUUUUUGGAUUCUAAAGAUGAUGAUGUGAACUCGAGGACGAGUUCUUUCCAACCCGGGAAGACUGAUGCACGAGAGGAUCAAGACUAACGUGAACUCUUUGUUAAGGCCUUCAUUUUUAAAUUUUUGUGUCUUUGGGCCUUCGGCCUAUCUUUUAGUUAGCCCAUUUAUUUUUAUUCUUAGGCCCGUUUUGUCUUCCAUCUUUUAGGGUUUCACUCCCUUCGUUUUUCAGCUAUUUAUAGCCCGGCUUGUGGGCAUAU